AUGCAACAGCGAGUUGGGGGAAAUGACAGCUUUGAUUGGAACUGGGCAACCUACCGCGAAGGUUUCGGUUCCAUGGAUAGCGAUUUCUUCCUCGGACUCGAGAAAAUACAUCGUAUCACGAGCUUGCAGCGUUUCGAACUGUAUAUACAUUUGGUUGAUUACGAUGGCGACAUCUACUUUGCUCAUUAUGACGACUUCAAAAUAUCUGAUGAGGAGCAUGGAUACGCACUGAGCUUGGGUAGUUUUAAUGGAACUGCGGAGGAGGAUGCGAUGAGAAACGGCGAAAACAUGAAAUUCUCAACAUUCGAUCGCGACCACGACAUUAUUGAUGGUAAUUGCGCAGUUGAAUACAGAAGUGGCUGGUGGUACAAGGAUUGUUAUAAUUGUAACUUAAAUGCACCAUAUGGACCAAACCUAAGUUGGUGGGUGAAAAAUAAAAUCGAACUUAUAGAAGCUAAGAUGCUAAUUCGCCCGGCUGUUGAAGAAGUGAGCAACUAAAGAGCUGAAACUCCGACAUUUAACUUUUUUAAUCACUUAUCACAUAUAUAAUGGUGAACUAUGAAUUUGCUUUCUUAUUAAUUAUUCGAUCAACUUUUUAAGCAAGCGAUUUAUUUGUUGAAUGCCUCAUUGAAAGAGAUUUGUUUCUAUUGUAUCAUAUAGUUUGUAUACAAAUUGGUGUAGUAAAUUAUAAAUCCUUAGAUACAUUCAAACUGUAAAUUCUAGGUCUGCGCAUGCUAUACUUCACCGUUUUAGGAUAAGUUCUGUUGUAAAUAAUAUCUCUUAAUAUCGCAGAAUAAACUUAUGAUUAUCU